CAGAUGAAAUACUGCUAAGCAUUUCGCCUGGUGUCCUAAUGUUUCUGACAGCUCACCACCUUGGCACUGGAUAUCAUUAAAAACAGACAAAAUAUAUUCAUUCUUUUAUUAUGGCUCUUAUGAGGAACACUAUAGUUUCAGCUGUUUUGCUGUGUUUUCUUUUACCAUAUCUUAGUCAAGGUUUGGUUUUAAGAUGUGACAAAGAAGUAUCAAACACUUCUAAUGAACUAAGAAUUGCGGUCAUUUUGUCUGCAAUGACAAAAAACUUAACGACAAAUCAGUGUUCUGUGUUUCAAAAUACAACCAUUCCAAACAUUGGAGCAAUUCAAUGGAUUAUUGACAAACUUAAUGCUCCAUGUGGAGACAUAAAACUUAUCCCACAAUACGAUAUUGAAUUCACAAUAUUUGAUGUUUGUAGAGAACCAGAGAUUGCAGCUAAUUAUGUGUAUGAUAUAUAUAAAUCUUCUUAUUCUCAAGAUGGUCUUUGUACUAAACCAAGUACAAAGAAAGGCACUCCAUACACAGCAAUUAUCUCCCUUGGCGACCAUGCCGUGACUGAAUCUCUUCUCAAAACAACCACAUAUGUUUCAUUGCCAGUAAUUAGCCCUGUCAUUGAACAGAUAGCAUUUCAGUCUUAUAAGAAUUUCAUAUCUUUCACUGUACCCAUGGAAACUCAAGUUAAGGCUGCAAUAAUGCUUUUGAAGAGAUUGAAAUGGGUUUCCCCUGGAAUUAUUUACUCUGAUAAUGAAUAUGGAAUUGAAAUGGCUAACAUAUUAGAGGCAAAAGCAAAAAGUGAUGGUAUCUGCAUUUCAAUGAAAAGAGUAUUUUCUAAGAAUGCAAUUGAAGAAAUAAGUUUUCUUCAUGAAAGUUUUUCCUCUGGCAUGAUAUAUGUUGGUGAAAUACAAAAUAUUGAUUCCUUUUUUCAAAUCAAAGGUAUGACCUGGAUAAUUUUAGAUAUUUCUGGGAAACUACAAAAUGAGUUUCCAAAACAUUCUAAUAUGGAAGGUUUCUAUGUAGUAACUUCAUCGAGCUCUACCAACAAGGAAUUUAAAGAUUAUCUGAGGGAUAUAAAAGCUGUAACUGAAUUUCAAAAUGAUACGUUAUAUCAAUGGAUACGAAAUAUGCUGGAUAUAACAAAAGUCGAUUCAAAAAAUAUUCCUCACAACGGACAAUGGCUACUUCAUACAAAAGCUAUCAUGGAGUCUGUUUAUAGCAUUGCCCUUGCUAAACGAAAGGAAUGCAAGAUGUCGAAAUGUUCGACGUACUUGAAUCCUCAAAACCUGAGAAGUGUUCUUGCUGAUGACCAAAUUGUUCCAGAUUGUUUUUCUAGAAGUGCUCUUGGCUUAAAAGAAAACUCUGUGGCAGCUACUUUGAAUGUAUAUUUAGUAAAACAAAGCAUUUUCCAAAAGGUUGGUGAAUAUUUCUCAAAUGAUACUUUGCAAUUGGAAUCCUCUGCGAUAAAGAUGAAUGAUAAUCUAUCAUCAUUUUCAACUCUCACUUUGAAAUAUUCCAAAGCCUGCCCUGAAAGUCAAUCAUUUAACGAUGAUAAUUUUGUGUAUGUAUCAGGAAACAUCUUAAUAUUAGGCAUCUUCUCACUUCAUGACAGUGGUCAUGGUUUUGGUUGUGGUGAUGUAAGAAAACCUUUCAUUGACACAAUUGCCGGAGAAGCUUUCCUGUUUUAUGUGAACAAGUUUAAAACAAUCAGUGACAGUGUUAAACUUGGAGCUCUGUUGCUGGAUGACUGCUACAACCCAUUACGUGCAUAUUCAAAUAUUACAAGCAUUCUGACUGGUGAGACCAAAAUCAAGGAUAUUGGUACUUGUCAAGUCAUUUCUCCAUCCAAUAUUGUAGGUGUUGUUGGGUCUCUGUCAAGCUCUGUUACAAAAGCUAUAGCUAAUACAUUCAUGCUAUACAAAAGACCAGUAAUUUCCUAUGCUGCUUCCUCUGAAGACCUAGAUGAUCGGAUUUCAUAUCCAUAUUUUCUACGAACUGUCCCAAGUGAUAAUCAGCAAGUAAAUGCUAUAAUUCAAAUUUUGAAAUUCUUUGAUUGGAGGUAUGUUGGGCUAAUUUAUGCCACAAACAACUACGGACUAAAUGCAAAAAAACUUUUACUUUCAGCUGCUAAGGAGAACCAGAUAUGUAUCUUCUCGUUUACAGGUAUUGCUGCAAGCAAAACAAAAGCCAAACAUAAUGAAUUUGAUGAAGUAUUUUCCAAGGCAUUGAUAAUGAAUAUUAAAGUUAUCAUAUACUUUGGCACCAGUUCCCGAACUGUAGAUCUUCUUAAAUCUUUGAAUCAGAGGAAAAUGCAUAAUUUUUUUACUUUUAUUGGGAGUGAUGCAUGGGGGAAGAACCAGUUGAUUUUAAGUUAUGGCCAUGUGUUUGCUGGCUCUAUUAUCAUAACAGUUGAUGGUUCGAAACGAGCUCUUUUACGUGAGGGAAUAAGUUUCAAAAAAUAUUUAAAAGAGAGACAUGCAAGUUUGAACCACUUAAAAAACCCAUACUUUAAAUAUUUUUGGAACCAGUAUAUGUGUGAUUCACCAAAAAAUGCAUCUACAUGCACUAAGAAAACCUUUUCUGACGACGAAAUUGAUUUUUAUGUAAAUAAUCAGAGAAUCGUACAAACAAUGAAUUCAGUUUAUGCAAUGCAUAACGGGUUAAAGAAAGUGAUUAAUAAAAACUGCGGUGGAAAAAUGUGUGAAGAAUUUUCAGCAGAAGAAUUGGUUUCAACCAUAAAAGAAACUGAAAUAUUCAACUCAUUGGAUGCUGUAAAAAUGUUUGAUUCUCAUGGAAAUGGAUUGAUAGGUUUUCAGUUCCACAAUGUCCAAUAUAAAGAUGGGAAAUAUAUAUACAAAAAAAUUGGUUCAUUUGGCAAAGAAAAUGGUUUUACCCUUGAUAAAACUAAAAUGAAGCUUUAUAAUCAUGAUGGAGAGGAAAUAUCUGAAUUGAAACUUGGGUGUUCUGAAAAUGUUAAUUGCUGCAAUAACAGAACAAUCCAGAAAGAACCCAAAUCUUCAACUACUGAUACUGGAGUUAUUUUGGCUGCAGCAGGGUUCUUCCUUGUGAUUGUUCUUAUUGUCAUUGGAGGACUUAUGAUAUCAAAAAUGAGAAAUCAUGGUGACGGUGAGACAAUUCCGAAAGUUGUAUAUGGCGAUUAACAAAAUGCUUCCAGCCCGUGUUAAAAUUAAGAUAUGAGAUACAGAUUAUCCAUAAGCUUAAUAAGUGCAAUGUUUCUUCUCUCUGUCUUUUACACAGUUUUCUCAGCAUCAAUAUCUCUGAAGUAGCUAGUUACCUUUAUUCUCCAACCAUCUGACUUGACACACUUUUCUCUUUUUCCUGAUAUAUUCUCAUCUUAUAUAUAUUUAUAUAUGUAUAUACAUACAUACAUACUUACACACACACA